UACUGCAACUCAUGGUCUAAGUACACCAUGCAUGGCUAUUAGCAAUACAGCCUCUUCUUCUGGGGAAAUCAUGGGAGACUCUGAUCGUCAUGGCUUGAGCAACCGACAUAGCCAUCAAGACACGAAGCCCCGAGAGGGAAGAACUGAGGAGACCAAGGUGGAAUUCUCUGAGGAUGAAGAGAUGCUUAUUGCCAGAAUGUUUAAUUUAGUUGGACAAAGGUGGUCUCUGAUUGCUGGGAGAAUUCCUGGAAGGACAACAAAGGAGAUCGAGAAGUACUGCAGUUCAAGGCAUAGCUCACAGUCAAAGUCGCGAAACGAAAGAUGAACAUCUUUAGGCCCGAGUAACCUUGUCGUGUUUGUAUUAUUUUUUUCAUGUGUUAUAAUCGUGUUUAUAAUCGUGUUUAAGGUAUCACGUCGAGUACUCUUAUGGUGUUUGUAUUAUUAUUGAACUGUUGAAGGCUUAAUGGAGAAACAGAGAACUUCAUAA